GGACCUGAAUACCCGGCUAGGGACACUAGAGACAGGAAUCGGGGUUUCUGGGUGACGGUGAUCUGGGAGUGGGCAGGACUCCAAAGGCCCGUCGACCCGGUGGUGGACUCCUUGCACUGGGAUUGGACAUACGCAAGCGGGAGAUUUGGGGCCGGCGCUCAAAAUCCGGGGGCGGGGGUGGACUCGGGUUUGGACCCCAGGAUCCGAUCAGCGGACCCCUGAUUCAACGUGAGGCCCCGAAUUGACGUCCUUCCCUCAAAACCUCCGGGUCUACAAACCAGGACCCGCAAGACCCCUCAGGGCUCCAGCGUGACAUGGCUGAAGCGCACCAGGCCGUGGGCUUCCGAACGUCGCUGACCUCGGACGGGGCUGAAGUGGAACUCAGUGCCCCUGUGCUGCAGGAGAUCUACCUCUCUGGCCUGCGCUCCUGGAAAAGGCAUCUCUCACGUUUCUGGAAUGACUUUCUCACCGGUGUGUUUCCUGCCAGCCCCCUCAGUUGGCUUUUCCUCUUCAGUGCCAUCCAGCUUGCCUGGUUCCUCCAGCUGGAUCCUUCCUUAGGACUGAUGGAGAAGAUCAAAGAGUUGCUGCCCGACUGGGGCGGACAGCACCACGGGCUCCAGGGGGUCCUGGCAGCUGCACUGUUUGCCUCCUGUUUGUGGGGAACCCUGAUCUUCACACUGCACAUGGCCCUCAGGCUGCUUCUGUCCUACCACGGCUGGCUUCUUGAGCCCCACGGAGCCAUGUCCUCCCCCACCAAGACCUGGCUGGCCCUGGUCCGCAUCUUCUCCGGCCGCCACCCGAUGCUGUUCAGUUACCAGCGCUCCCUGCCGCGCCAGCCCGUGCCCUCUGUGCAGGACACCGUGCGCAAGUACCUGGAGUCGGUCCGGCCCGUCCUCUCCGACGAGGACUUCGACUGGACCGCGGUCCUGGCGCAGGAAUUCCUGAGGCUGCAGGCGUCGCUGCUGCAGUGGUACCUGAGGCUCAAGUCCUGGUGGGCGUCCAAUUAUGUCAGUGACUGGUGGGAGGAAUUUGUGUACCUGCGCUCCCGAAAUCCGCUGAUGGUGAACAGCAACUAUUACAUGAUGGACUUCCUGUAUGUCACACCCACGCCUCUGCAGGCAGCUCGAGCUGGGAAUGCCGUCCACGCCCUCCUCCUGUACCGCCACCGCCUGAACCGCCAGGAGAUACCCCCGACUUUGCUAAUGGGAAUGCGUCCCUUAUGCUCUGCCCAGUAUGAGAAGAUCUUCAACACCACGCGGAUUCCAGGGGUCCAAAAAGACUACAUCCGCCACCUCCAUGACAGCCAACACGUGGCUGUCUUCCACCGGGGCCGAUUCUUCCGCGUAGGGACCCACUCCCGAAACAGCCUGCUUUCCCCGAGGGCCCUGGAGCAGCAGUUUCAGCGAAUCCUGGAUGAUCCCUCACCGGCCUGCCCCCACGAGGAACAUCUGGCUGCUCUGACCGCUGCUCCCAGGGGCACGUGGGCCCAGGUGCGAACGUCCCUGAAGACCCAGGCAGCAGAGGCCCUGGAGGCAGUGGAAGGGGCCGCUUUCUUUGUGUCACUGGACGCUGAGCCCGCGGGGCUCACCAGGGAGGACCCAGCAGCGUCGUUGGAUGCCUAUGCCCAUGCCCUGCUGGCUGGCCAGGGCCAUGACCGGUUCACUCUGGCUACAGAAUGCUUUCAGCUGGGCUACUCAACAGAUGGCCACUGCAAGGGGCACCCGGACCCCACACUACCCCGGCCCCAGCGACUGCAAUGGGACCUUCCAGACCAGAUCCACUCCUCCAUCUCUCUAGCCCUGAGGGGAGCCAAGAUCUUGUCUGAAAAUGUCGACUGCCAUGUCUUUCCAUUCUCCCUAUUUGGCAAGAGCUUCAUCCGACGCUGCCACCUCUCUUCAGACAGCUUCAUCCAGAUCGCCUUGCAACUGGCCCACUUCCGGGACAGGGGUCAAUUCUGCCUGACUUAUGAGUCGGCCAUGACUCGCUUAUUCCUGGAAGGCCGGACGGAGACGGUGCGAUCUUGCACAAGGGAGGCCUGCAACUUUGUGAGGGCCAUGGAGGACAAAGAGAAGACGGACCCACAGUGCCUUGCCCUGUUUCGCGUGGCAGUGGACAAGCACCAGGCUCUGCUGAAGGCAGCCAUGAGCGGGCAGGGAGUCGACCGCCACCUCUUUGCACUCUACGUCGUGUCCCGAUUCCUCCACCUGCAGUCGCCCUUCCUGACCCAGGUCCAUUCGGAGCAGUGGCAGCUGUCCACCAGCCAGAUCCCUGUUCAGCAAAUGCAUCUGUUUGACGUCCACAAUUACCCGGACUAUGUUUCCUCGGGCGGUGGAUUCGGGCCUGCUGAUGACCAUGGUUAUGGUGUUUCUUAUAUCUUCAUGGGGGAUGACAUGAUCACCUUCCACAUCUCCAGCAAAAAAUCAAGCACAAAAACGGAUUCCCACAGGCUGGGGCAGCACAUUGAGGACGCACUGUUGGAUGUGGCCUCCCUGUUCCAGGCGGGACAGCAUUUUAAGCGCCGGUUCAGAGGGUCAGGGAAGGAGGACUCCAGGCACAGGUGUGGAUUUCUCUCCCGCCAGGCUGGGGCCUCCAAGACAUCAAUGACAUCCACCUACUUCUGACUCCUUCCAGCAGGCGGCUGGCCUCUCCGGGGAAUGAGGGUGAAGAUGGCCACAGCUGGCUGACACAGGGCAGGGGCAGCCUGUUUGGCCACCGGAUAUCCAGGCUAAUAAAGAUGUGUGAGCUGGG